AUGGAAGAAAAUGAGGAUUAUCUGCUUUUUCUCCCACAAGCAACUGAAGAAGCUGAAAAGCGAGGUUUAAAUGCUGAAUUUUUGACAUAUUUGAGAUCAGCAAAAUUCGGCCAAAUUAUUCUAGCUCAAAUUGAGCACAAAAUGAAAUAUAAAUUGAAAAAUAGUCAACAUCCAACACAUAUUUUAUUAUUACAAGCGAUCAGAGAAUGUGUGAGUUGUUUUAUUGUUUUUUUUUUAGAAAUAAGAGGUAUUUCUAAAAAUUAGAAUUUUCUAAAAAGAUUUAAUUUCACUUGGCCUCGUUUUUUUUUAAAUUUCUCACGUUUUCCAAUGCAGUCAUUAUAUGAUUUUGGAAAAACAGCAACCUAACUCGAUUUUCAGUAUAACUCGCUACAAGAUUCAAGAAAAAUACUAUAUUCUGAAGAAACUCGGGUAGUUCAUAUGAAAAGAAACAAUCACAAAAUAAAUCCGAUGGACAAAGAAGCGAUGCCUAUUCAAGAAUUGAGAAUUGAAGACAGAAUAACGAAUCAGUUGAGAAAAGAGUUAGUUAUUAUUUCAUUUUGAAAACAAAAUUUAUAAAUAAAAUUGUAGGAAUGUAAUACUUGGAAACAAUUCAAUUUUUUGUGGAAUUUGUUCAAAAGGUGGUAUUACAAAUGCAAUUAGUCGAGCUGAAGAUUUCGUGAUUCAUAAUGAAAUGUAUCAUGGACAUCUGAUGUUAUUUGCUUGCCAAUUUUGUGGAAAUGCAUAUACGACAAAAGAAGAAUAUGAAGGACACGAUUGUGAACAAUAUAAAUCAUUUAAACUAAGUCAAUCGAUGAAUAAAGAAUACACCGUGAGUUAAUAUUUUUUGUUAUUUGAUGGUUAAAAUCUUUUUUAUUCAGGGUGAUACAAUGUAUGGUUCGGCUUAUUUGAUUUGCUCCGAAUGCGGAAAAUAUCAUAUUUUGAAAUCGAGAUUAUCUGAAUUGGCAGCUUUGGAACAGAAAAAUUCCAUAAUAAAUCAUUUUGUAAGUUACUUACUUUUUGUUAAAAGUAUAUAUGUUUUUAUAUCAAUUGUUUUUAGCGACAUCACAACGCCAAUGAGAUUAUCACCGCAAUGGUUGUUUUUGAAAAUCAAUGUUCGAUUCCGCCAAAAAUCACAUUUCCAACAUCUCUUAACAUGAGUAAGUUAUCUGAAAUAAGUUCCGGAAAACUAAAUAUAAAUUUAUGAUUCGUUCAGAUGUUCGACUGAAUUGUAAAGAUUGCAAAAUCAAUAGUUUCACUUCGAGCAAAGAACGAAGAGAACAUUUCGCUUCUGUUCAUGGAUUUUCAUCAACUAUCCCGUGUCCGCAUGAAAAUUGUGAUUUUCAAGAGACUGAUAAGGUUUUGUUGAAGCAACAUGUUCUGGAAUCACAUAUGAAAAAUGGAAUUCUGGGAUUUUUUAUGAAAAAUCAUGCGGCUAUUCAUACUUCUGAUUCAUCGGUUUGUGUUUUUUGAAUCACGAAAAAUGUUUUAUCGAUCCCAAAAAUUCCUCGGUUUUUGAAUAUCAUAAAAUCUUUACAGAGAAAUCUUGGAUUCGCCAGACCAUCGCAAGUAACCAGAAAAAAGUUUUGGGGUAAAAAUGUGCUGAUUGGUGGAGUUCCAAUGCAAGAUAUGGUAAGUUAUAUCGCAAUUAAUUGUUUACCCAUUGAAAAUUCAUUUUUUAAGAGUCCUCGACUUCCUCCGCAAUUUGUCUCGAAAAAUACGUCAACAAUUUUUGAUGUCACCGAGGAGGUUCUAAAAAAUUUACAUAUUCCAAAAGAUGCGCUUGAUUUGGCCAGAACUGAUUCGAAUUUGAAAAUCUCGACUACAUUAUUCAAUGGCAAGGUAAAAAAUUCAAACAAAAACCUUAAUAACAAUAAAUUUGAAUAUUUUUGCAGGGAAAAAAGAAUGGAGUUUACCAAAAUAUGGUCUUGGAUAAUUUUGAAAUGGACGAUAUGAAUCAAAAUAUGAUUAUUGAACCGGAAUUUUUGGAAGAUUAUCAAAUGAGUUUUCAACUAUCAACUUUGCCAAAUAUGGAAAAUGAUAAAGAAUUGCGAAAAAAGAUCGGGUAUUGUAGGGAGUGUCACCGAAUUCUUAAUGGUUCGAAAUGUAUCAAAAAACAUUGUUGUGAAAAGGAUCGAAUGCAUAUUUUAUCGCAAGGCGAUACAUUUCAAAAUCGAACUUUCAAAUGUCCAAUUUGUCGCGAAACCAAUUUGAUUUGUUCAAUCGAUGGAUUGAUUUUUCAUAUGUUUGAUGAGCAUAAUUAUUUUUGUCAUUAUGAAGAAGAUAGUGAGUUUUGGUGGGAAGAGGAAGGAAACGGGAUAGUAUUGUUUUGAGAAAAACUAGAAAAAAGUUUCGAAUUUUCAAAAAGUGCUGGAAACAUUUUUUCAAAAUAUGAAUUAAUUUUCCAGACUCCGAAAUUGCGAAAAUUCCGGAAAUCAAAAAUAUUGAGGAAACUGAAAGAAUCAAUCAAGUUCUGGAAAUUGAAUCAAAUGAGGAUAUUUUCAAUGCAUUUGUAAGUCUUUUAUGAAUAAUUUUUAAACUUUUCCUUUUUUUCAGACAAAGAAAGAGUCUGAUAUUGUUGUGAUAGAUCUUGAUGAUGAAAUGCCAAGAAAACGGAAGAAAACUCCCCAAAUUUUGUCAAAUGAACCUUCGACUUCAAAUCCAAUUCCAAGUUCUAUUUCACCGGAUGUUGAAGAUUUUGUAUUGCAAAAUGUGACUGAAAGACGAAAAACAUCAUUUGAUGUGGCGGAGAUGUGGAUGGAGUCUGGACUGAAUCGAGAAGCAUUGUCGGCGUCAAGUUAGUUAAUUUUUUUUUCUGAAAAUAUGUGCUAAACCACAUUCAGAACAUGACAGUGCAGAGAAAAAAGUUUAAAAAAAAAACGAGGGUUAAUUUGUGUUUUUUGCUUGCCAACACAGCGAAAUUUUUUAACAUCAGAUAGUUGGGAAGGUAUGGCUAAACUGAUAUGACAAAAUACUGAAUCUCGUAGAAAAUGUUCACUCGGAAAAUCAGAGACAACGUAAAAUUGAGAGAGUUCAGACAAAAACAUCAAUUUUAGAAAAAAAAUACUAAAAUUUUGGAAAAUUUUCAUAUAAAUUGCACUUUUUUUGUUUUGUUUUACUACCAAUAAUCGUGUUUUUCCAGAUUCGAGAGGAUCUGCGGCUGACAGCCAUCGAAGUAGCAGUUGUCAAACUCCGGACAGCUUGGUAAAUGAAAUUUUAUCAAUUUUCCAAAUUCCACUAACCCUAUUUUUCUAGAUGGAUGAUCCAAACAAUCCAUUACUUGAUCGAGCACUCGCAUCAGUAAUAAUUGAAACACCAUCAAGUCAAGAUUUUCAAAUUGUUCAACAAAUCCGUGAGGAAACUCAAGACAAUACUCCGAAUGUGAUUCAUAAUCAUUCCGUUGAUGAAGGGGAAAUUGACGAUGAUAUUAUGAUUGUGGAAGAUAUUGCAAAUCAAAAUCGAGAAAGAAAUGAUGGCGAAUCAAAGUUUAGACCGCCAGUGAUCAGCAAAGUUGUAGAAUUACACGAUGGUGAUGAUGAAGUAAUGGCCGUCGCCAAUGUAUUUUAGUAUGUUUUUUUUUUGAAAAAGUGUUCAGUUUACUAGAAAUUGCCAAAAUGUAUAAAUAUUAUUGAGAUCAAAAAUUUUGAUAAAAAUGCAGAAAUUCAAAUAUAAUUUUAUUUCCGAGUGAAAAAUUCCAAUUAUUACCAACAUAUAUUAGUUUUGACUGCAAAACGUUAUUUUUUCCAGUGCAAAUCAUGCGGAAAGACCAGUUUCGGGGCGAGAAGCGAGAUUUGGUUGUUCAAAAUGCUCCAAGAAAUUUUUGACGGAGAGUAGUCUCAAUAAUCAUUUGAAAAUCGAGCAUUCAACAAAUGCAAUUGAUGAUUUGAAUCUGCAAGAUUUUGGUGUUCCGCUGACUGGAACUAUCUUCAUUUGUUUGCAAUGUUGUGCUGCAUUUGAAUCAAAGGAAAAAUUUCUAAUUCAUCUGUCGAAACAUCCAGGAAAAGCAGAGUGAGUUUUUGAAAAGCUAUCAAUGAUAAUUAACUAUGUAUUUUUGUUUUUUAGACAAUGUAAUUAUUGUUCGGGAGCAAUGUUGCAUCUGAAUGAGAAAGCACAUAGUAGCAGUCAUAAGGAAUUCAAAUGGUCGUGUUCAUCUUGUCGACCUUUUUCUGCUUUUCCAUCGGUUGGUUAAAAAAUACACUGACAAGGAAAUUUUGUCGUUUGUGGAGAUAUUGAGAAUUAACAAAAAUAUUCAAGAAAUGUUUCAUAUCAUCUGAAAGAUAUUUAUAAUGUUUAUAAUUUUUUGUCACAUUUGAAGACUUAAUUUGAUAAAAGUUAAAGUCAGGAUUACUGUAGAGAAUUUUCAAUAUACAGUAACCGAAGACUUCAAUGCUUUUUUUCACAAAAUAUAUGAGGAAAAAAAAUCAUUUUUUUACUCCAUAAUUGAAUUACAGUAUGAACAUUCUAAUCGAAACCUUUUUUUAGAUUAUAUAAAAACAUUCCUUUUACGUCUUCAUUUUUAGGAAUCAACGUUGCUGAAUCACUUGGCAGAAUUUCACAAUGUUCCAAUGAUUUAUUAUUGCAAAAAAUGUAUGAUGGGAACUUGCUCACCGAAUGCAAUAUUUUAUCGCCACCUCAAUGAGUGUUUUGAGAUAAAACCAAAAACUCUACUUUCGAUGAUUGGAAUUAUGACAGCGACCACAUUUUCAUAUCAACCAGCUGAUAUGGAGGAAUAUAAAGCCGAACUCGCGCGACAUCCUGAAAAAUUUGCAUAUGUCACUGAAUGUUCGCAUCGAUCUGCAAUUCGACAUGGAACUUCAUGGGCAACUUGCCCGAUGGCUAAUUUGGAUGGAAGACAAUGUUUCUGUAUGGUGAGUUCAUAUUUUGUCGAAAUCUCAUUUCAUUCAUCUUAAAACCAUGUUCUUAUAUAUUUUUGUAGAUCAGUAACUUCCGAUUGGACAAUUUCAAGGAUUAUUUAAAAUUGAGUGACGUCGAAACAACUGAUAAACAUGAUUUUCCUCGCGUAACACUUCAUGAAAAAUUCUGGAAAAAAUAUGAUAAUGUGACAAAGCGAAAAGGAAAUAGAAAGCAAACAGUGAAUCAAAUUGCAAUGCAACUUCAAACAAAUGCGAGUCGACAACAAAAUAAUCAUCAUGUUCAACAAAAUGUUGCUAUGCCAUCGUUUCAACAAGCGGCUGUAACAAUUCAACAAAAUCCACCAAAUGUUCCUCCACAAUUUGCGCAACCACAAGUUCCUCCUCCACAUCGAAAUAAUCAACUUCAAGGUACUCCAUCAAAUAUGCCUAUGAAUAUUCAAAAUUUUCCACCUGUUCCUCGAAUUAGUCUGUCUAAUAAUCCACCGGCUCAAUUGGUAAAACUUUUCUCGGAGUCAGCAAAUUAUAUUGGCCAGAUUUUCGGCCGUGAUAAUGGACAUUUUUGGUUCAACCUUUUGCAUCAUAUGUAUAAUUGCACACCAAAAGCACAGGAAAUUAUGGUGAGUGAUUUAUGCAUUGUUUCUGUAGAAACUUUGGAAAACAAGAAAAACAGUCUCAUAGAACUAUGAUGUGAAAAAUAUCUUCUGAGCUCCGAACAGAGCCAAGAAAAUAAGCCCCAAAAAAUUGACUGAGAACUAGUUUCUAUUGAAAUCUAGCCAAAAAAAAUGGCCAGAUGCCUUUUUCGGGACUCAUUUUCUUAGAAUUGUAUUUACAGUAUGAAAAAGAGAGUAAACACAUUUUGCAAUUGAUGUUAAUCGAUCCAUCACUUGUUUGCUUGUUUUGUGGAAAUGAAUUGAAGGAUGAAAUGGAUGAAUGGACACCGGAUAAAUUUCCAGUAAUCUGUGAAACGUUGAAACAAUUAUAUGAACAAAAUGCAGUAAACCCAGAAGGAUUAACUGUACAUGAUAUUUCUACAGUUCUCAAUUUGCGACAAUUUUUUGGUGAGUUAUUCGAAAAAUUUGCCAAGACCAGGCGAUAGCUCGUGAGAUAUCAAAAAUUAUUGAUUGUCGAAUUACAGCAAAACUUUCCGAAAAGAGGAAAAAAGAUGGAACAUUCAAGAUUUCCGUUUGUAAAAUUCAUUAUCAAGAAGAUGCGCAUUACAACAGAACUGUUCCGGUAAGUUUUUGUUGAGGAAAACAUUUAUAAGACAAUUUAUUGAACAGUCUUCCUUCAUUCCGACUGCUGACAAAAUGAUGAAUCCACGAUUGUAUGAUCAAGUUUGUCAAUCAAAAGCACAACAUGGAGAAAUAUUGUCGCCGCCGAAUUUGCAAUUAUACAACAAAUGGCUUGACAUGAGUAAGCAAUUUUUGAUAGGAUUUUGAAGAAACAACCAUUUUAAUCUUAUUAAAUAAAUAUUUCAGUGAAAUUACUUGGAACUCGAAUGACAUUUGCAAUGGGUCCUCCAGGUCAACAACCACAACAACCACAACAGCAACAGCAACAGCAACAACAACAACAAUAUAUUCAACAAUAUCAACAACAACAAAUGCAUUUUGCACAAUUUCAAAGGCAAAUGGCCCAUCAACAUCUAAAUCUACAACAGCAACAAAUGCAUCCGAAUAUGCAGUUUCAAAUGCACCAAAUGAUUCAGCGUCAGCAGCAGCAACAAUUUCAGCAACAUCAGCUUCAGCUACAAGCUCAACAAGCACCUCAUCGACCAAUUCAACCUCCACCACAACCCAAAUUUAGAUGUGAUUUUUGUUGGAUCGAAGGAAUCUCGAAUAUUUGUGAUCCAAGAUUGAUGAUUAGAUUGAGUAAUCAGUUGCCAAUUGAAAUGACGAGACAAUUCAAACGAUAUAUUGAAAAAAAUAUGGAACUCAACAAGAAAAUGAAAUAUUUCGAAGCUAUGGUUGGGUUUUUGGGAGGGUUUGAGGCCGAGUAAACAUUUUCAGAAUGAAUUCAACAAAAUUUGAAUAUCUCAACAGAAAUCUGACGAAAUAUCAAUCUUUAUCUUCUAAUUAUUUCAGAGAAAUGAUGUUUUCAUUUGUAUCCGUCACUUUUUCCCAAAAGCCAUCCAUUUCAAUGCCAACAAAAUGGAAAUUGUAUCAAAUACGACUAAUCAAUGGCUUUCUAUCAAUAUUGGACAAUCGGAAAUUUUCAAUCAGGAUUUUGUGAAUAUUGUCGAUCAUGCUGUCACGGUAAAUUAAUUUCCCUCCCUCCCCUCACAAAAAUUUAAAAAAAAACUGGAUUUUCAGUAUUUUUCAUCGCUUCCGAAUUUAGUAUCUGGUCUUAUUGUCACUUCGCAAUUGAAAAAAAUUGAAGAUAAUUGUAAAUGUAUGUAUUGCAAUAGAAAAGUGGAGACAUCACUUGAUGUUGAGAUUCAUAAAAUUCACAAAUUUUCUGAUGUCUCAUUUUGUUUUAUUUGUAUGGAAAUGUUUGCUGGAACGACGAAUGAAGCGAUUUUGGGACAUUUUUAUAUUGUUCAUAGAAUUAAAGGUUAGUUUUGGGUUAUCCCCGAUGCAUAUUUUUUAGAUUUGCGCGCCAAAAGGUUGAUUUAUUUUUUAUUAAAGUUAAAUUGAACAAUUUUAUUUUUUAAAGUGAAAUUUCUAACAUGAGCAAUGCAUUUUUUGUCUUUAAAAUAUAUAUAUUUCAAUAUGAGUCUCACAAUAAUCCCAGCUUUUACCUGAUAGCUUCGAGUUGUUCUUAAAUGCACAUAAAUAUUUUUGUUUUCAGAGAAAACAGUGCAUUACAAAUUGGCUUGUCCAAUAAUUCCAAAUUGUACAGGAACUUGUGAAUUUCCGAAUUUGGUCCAAUUUCGAUAUCAUCUUUCGGAAAAUCAUUCAAAACCAGAAGUUGAACCACAAAUUGAAAAAGUUGCAGUUUGUGGAAUGGGAUUUUUGAAUGACGCGGCUAAAAAUGAACAUAAUCGAAAACACUUGGCUGUUGGGUGAGUUAUUUUUUGUGUUUUUGGAAAGUAAAUUAUGAGGAGAACAUGUUUCUGAGCUCCCGUUGGCUUUCGAAAAAUUAAAAGAGUUUCGUUAUUUUCAUAUCGAUGGAAUGUUGUGGACUGUGUGAUUAUGUUGGAAACACCAGACAUUUGAUAAACGAAAUAGUCUACGAACAUCACAUUUUACACGCUUUUCAAAUUCAAGUGUUCUGUAAAAUAUGUGGAAUGAUUCUAGAAAAUCGAAAUGAUUGGAUACCCCAUUUUAAUAUGAGUCAUAUAUUUGAGCAAAAGAAGUGCAAAGAAUGCAAUGUUGUGGUGACUGUUGAACAUGUUAAUUGUCAUAUGGUUGGUUUUUUGUUGUUUUAACAAAAUAAAAUUGGACCUAACGAACAUUUCCAUGUGGAUUUUUUUAUUCAUGUGGCAAACGUUUUUUUUUACCUCACUUACAAAAAAUUCAGAAAUACUAUUUUCAAAAAGUUUUCAGACCUUUAUUUUUCAGCCAUAUUUAUCUUGAAUUUUACACCCUCCAAGUAAAAAUAAUUUAAAUUUUCUAAUUUUUCCAGACUCCUCUUGUCAAACCAAACGACUAUCGAAUCAAUGCUGAAAACUUCGACUUGAUUAUAAGAGUUUCCAAAGAUUUCCGAAAUCUUGUGACAUUUGGGUAGAUUAUAUAUUUUUCGGGUUUUCUUCUUUUUCUUUGAUCUCUAAAAUACUAGGUUUGAUUUUGCUUGUGAAUUAGAAAUUUGAUUAUAAAUUAAUUUUUCUGUUGUUGCUCACAUAUAUUUUUGUACAAGUUUUCAGUUUGAGACUGAUGAAUAUUUUAAGGAAUCUUGGCAUUUGUCAAGUUUUGUUUAUUACAGACAGAAUGCAGAUUUUUACAAUCGAAGAAUAUUUUGAAAAAAUUGAUAGGUUGGUUUGGAAGAAAAUUUGGAAACAAAUUUAAUUUCAUUUUUUUUCUUAUAGUUUAACAAAGAGAGAUGAGUGGAAAAAUGCAGAGAAAAUAGCGAAAUUGAUCUCGUUGGAUGAUGAACACUCGAAAUUGCCAUUUUUACAUGUAAGAGUUUUUUGGAGUUUGAAACAAAGAUAUAGAAAAUAUAGAAUAAUUUUUGGUGCAUCUCCGGAGUUCUUAUUCGAUAAAAACCCCCUAUUUCUUUUGACAGAUCGAAGCAUAUGGCUCACGUUCAAAACGAGCUCGAAUCUAUGAUGAAUCAAUCGAUGAAUUAGUCUGCCUUCAUCUCCAUGUUCUUUAUAAUAUUUAUAUAACCCAAGACUUCAUUUUGGCUCAUUCAACACAAUCUCAAAUCAUUCAAUUAUUCAACAAAGAGAUUCUGCAAAAACGAAAAGAGGAGAAUUGGUUCCUACCAAUCUUCUAUCAAAUUUGCACCGAUUUGCGAUAUUUGAGCAAAGAAGCUGAGAAAUUGUCGUCAGGAGAUGAUGAAGGAGAGGCAAAUAUUUCGUUUUUUGAAGGAGCUGCAAAUGUUAUUAUGGAAUGUUAUAGAACUUGUGUUUCUGAUGUGUUAGUUUGAAUAACACAAAUUGUGAAUUUAAAGUUAUUAUUUUCAUUUUUCAGAAGAGCUGAUUUGUCAACAACCAAAAAAGUUGCGAUGUUGAAUAUGACCAAUCAAUUAUUUAGAAUUUAUUUCAAGGUUUGUGAUUCAGGUGCUAAAAAGAAAUCCUUCAUGAAAAAAAUUAAACAUUUAUUUAUUUAAAUUCAAGUUAGGUUAACUCAUAUUCUCUCCAUUCUUCUUCCCUUCCAUUCCUUCAUUUUCCAUUAUUUUCAACUUCAAAAUUCUUGACAAUUCCCUCAUUUCCAACAUAUUAUUCUGAAUCGUAUCUCUUCGUUUCUUCAAAAUCUCUAAAUUUCGCUCAAUAACCGUUCGAUUCGUUUCGCUUUGAUUCAUCAAAAUUGUCAAAUUUUGCGAGGUUUCUUGCACGGUUUUUUGACGAAUCGAUGAAUUUCGAUCGACUGAAUCGAGUAUUUGACAAAUAUCCACUUCUUCUAUCGAAUUUCCAUCACCGCACUGCAAAGGAAUUGUGAGAAAUUCGCUCUUUUCAAUUAAAUCCUUACCUGCUGUGAAUUAGUGUUCUCCAUUUUUAUUCGCUUCGAACUGACUUGUUUAUUUAUUGAUUCUUCUUUAAAAAAUAAAAAUGACACAUUUUCCACAUCCUCUCCCCUCAAAAAAAAAACAAAGGUCACGUUAUUUUUCCUCCAAAAAUGUCACGUUUUUUUGCAGAUUAAUAAAUUGAAUUUGUUGAAACCUUUGAUUCGAGCCAUUGAUAAUUCGGGACCACUACAAAAUGAAUUUUCGAUGGCUGAUAAAGUAGCUUAUAAUUAUUUUCUGGGACGAAAAGCGAUGUUUGAUGCGGAUUUACCGCUUGGUAAGUUUCUUUCGAUACAAAUUUCAUAAAAAAUCAAUUUUUUGCAGCCGAAAAAUCAUUGCUCUAUGCUUUCCGAAAUUGUCCAACCGAAUCGAUGUCGAACAAACGAAAAAUUUUGAUUUAUCUAAUCCCUGUUAAAAUGUUCCUUGGCCACAUGCCAUCUUCAAAAUUAUUGAACGAAUUUCAUUUGGAUGAAUUUGAGGAAGUUGUUAAUGCAGUGAAAGAUGGAAAUUUAGCAUUGUUGGAUGCGGCACUCGGAAAAAAUGAGACAUUUUUCAUCCAAUCGGGAAUAUUUUUGAUGCUUGAGAAACUGCGAAUGAUUACGUUUAGAACGUUGUUCAAGAAAGUGUGAGUUUUUAGAUUUUGGGAGUCGGAAAAGGGUAACUUUUUUAUUGCAAGUUCCCGAGGAAAUUAGAAAAUUUAAAAAAAUCCUAAUUGUUUUCUGACCGAGAGAAGUACGGGAUUUUUUUUUGGAAAAAUAUCUAAAUUUCAUUAAACUUUAAAAAUAUGCUAAAAUUGUUCCAAAUAAAUUCAAAAUCACCGAAUUUUGGCUUCUCCUCAAGAACUACACUAAUGAAAUUUUAAUUUUUGCAGCAGCUCAAUCGUUGGUGGCAGUCAAAUCCCAUUGGAUGCAUUUUUGACGGCUUUGAAAUUUGUCGGAGUUGUUGAUAUUGAUACGGAUGAGUUGGAAUGUAUUAUUGCAAAUUUGAUUGCGACGGUUUGUUUUUUUUAUUUGGAGUCUUCGGAAAAAUACUGAAAAUACGAAAAAUGAAAUUUCUCAUCAUCUUUGAAAUCAAAAAAUUAUAUUGGUUCUAAAACUUUUCAUAUUUCACUUGUUUUUUCUGAAAAUUGAAAAUGUUGAAAACCAAAAUUCAGCAUUCACAAGUAGUUACUUCAAACUCUAAAAAUCUUCAUUUUUUCCAGAAAAAAAUCAAAGGAUAUUUGUCACAUCAACACGGAAAAUUGGUCGUCAGUAAAACAAAUGCUUUUCCAAAUUUAUCCACAAUCACGGCCUCCUAA